ACCAAGGAAGCGUAUCGAAGCACUUCCGGGUUACUUCCGCAUUGUCGACGACGGGAGGUUGUUUUCCCCACGUGUAAUAUUUCAGAGGCUGCAGCCUGCGAGAGAGAGAUGAAGGAAGAGAUUCAAGAAGGUGUAAAAACAAGAGUUCCAGAAAAGGAGAGAAAGAAAAAGAAGAUGAAAAAGGUAACGGACGAGGAGUUUGAAGGCGCUGUGAAGAGCAGCGAUGUCCCGGAAAAGGAGCAGAAGAAGAAAAAGACAAGAAGACCAAAAGAAGAAGAUGGCGAGAAAGGUGUAGAAACGAGGGAUGUAGGAGUUCCGGACAAAGAGAAAAAGAAAAAGGUAAAGAAAGAGGAGCAGCUGGAAGAGGGUGAUGAUGAGCAUCAAGAAACCGGUGACAGGAGUCUUCCUGACAAGCAGAAGAAAAAGAAGAAGAAAAAAAGUUCUGAGGAUGAAGAUGGAGCCAAGGAUAAAGGAGAAGGGAAGAAAAAGAAGAAGAAGCAAGAUGUAGAAAAAGAUGAAGAAGAAAUGGAGGCGGAGGAUGGCGAGAUGGGGCAGAAAGAUCUGAAGAGAAAAAAAGUGAAUAAAGAAAGUGAAAGUAUGGAGGAACGCAGAGAGAAAGGAAAGAAGAAGAAAUCUGAGAGCUGCACCAAAGAAGAAGCGUCGCAAAAACCAGCGAAGAAGAAAAAAAAAAGGAGCGAAGAUGAUGGAGAUGAGGACGGAGACGAGACCGCAGAAGUGGAGCUGAACAAAGAGUUGGAGAGAAAGAAGAAGAAAAAGAAGAAAGCAGGAGACGAGCAGGAGAGAGAAACUGAGGAGGAGGACGAGGCGGAAAAGACCACGAUGACGAAGAAGAAGAAAAAGAAGAAGGACGAAGGUGGAGCGACUGACGAACGAGAAGAGAGACCGGAGAGAGACGCAGAGGACGACGGAAAUCCAGCAGGGCAGAAAAAAAAGCAGAAGAAGAGAAAUGAUGGAGCGGCUGAUGGGCAGACCCUGGAGAGGAAAGUGAAGAAGGAGCAAGGAGUGGACGAAGAAGACGGAAAAAAGGGUGGACAGAGCAGCGGUGUUCAGUUCGUAUCUGCGAAGCUGGGGAACCAAGAUGAGGCUUCUAUCGACCUGGAGCGCAGGGUCGCGUUGCAAGAGGACAUCGAUAAAGAAUCCCAACCCAAAUCGAGUUUCGGUCAGUGGGACACGGCACAGUUCGACAGCUCUGAGCGACAGCAGAAGUUCCUGCGACUGAUGGGCGGGUUAAAGAAGGGCGGCCAGCCGACAGGUCCGGGUGCCGGACGCUUCAACAUGGCCCUGGGGAAACAGGGCCAGGAGACGCUGCAGCAAGGCCUCAUGGGACAGUUUGAGCGAGCGCAGACCCGGCGGAUGGACUUUCAGAACAGAGGGGCGGGACUCGGGUUCUCAGCGCCGUCCAACAAGACGUUUUAUAUCGAUGCGAACGCUCGGAGCGAGAACUCGGCGCGGUUCGAUGAUUGACGCGGGAAUCUCAUCGGUGGAGAAAGACUGAGAGAGCGUCUGUUUAAACAAGAUCACACACAUGUACAGAGUUGGUGGAAUUUUAUUAGCUUUUAGAGAUGUUACGUCAGUUCAGAUUUGUAUUGCGAUUCUUUUGUGUGCUCGAUUUUCUUUUUCUUUUUUUUCAAUAUAAUUUGUACGAUUUAGUUUGAGGCUGUAAAAUGCUGCUGUUCCUCUAUAAUUCUACAGGUGGCGCAUUAUAAGCUGUUCACACAGCCCCACCUCUUGUCUGGUAGGAGCAAAUUAUUAGCUUUUUUUUUUUUUUAGAAUUGUAAUAAAAUCUAACACAAAUCAGGAUAUUAAAAGAAUCGCUAUACAGACCGAACCAGGACUUGGGUAUCAUGAUAAUAUCAGGACGUCCCUGGUGAUUUUGUUAUCUUCUCCUUAUUUCCUUCACUAGAGCUCAUUCAGCCUGCAUUUUGUUCAAUAGAUCCACGAAAGCACUCGUUUUCUUCUUUGUAUUUCACUUUAUUUGAACUGCUGUAAAUACAUGACCUCUCCAUGUACAGAAAUGAAACCAUUUACAAUACGAAAGAAAAAAACAAAGCAGGAAGACUUCAGAAUAAAAAACAGACGAAUUAAAUCA